GGAAGUGCAUUGGAACUUGCUUGUGUGUGUGUGUGUGUGUGUGGUUGGGGGGGGGAAGAACAUCUUAUCUGCUCGCCGUUUGUAGUGGAACUUGCUGUCUACCUCCUGUGAUCUGGACUUUAGAACCGGGGUCAGACACCCACAGCAUUUCCCAGAAAUAUGGCGGACCUGCCGAGGGGUCAGCCUGACACGCGGAGAGAGAAAAACCUCCAAAAACACAAGAGUUACGACCAUCAACGACGGUUUACGAGCACAGCGUGUGGGCAAGGAAAGUGAGAAUGCGCGCGCACCUCGUCGAGCCAGCUGGAGUUGCAGGAAGUCCCGAGACACAAACCUUUGUCUCAGCUGCAAGAGAUACCGACGGUGGUGCGUUCAGGUGCUCCUCGGAUGUUCACGUUGUUUUCAUUUUCUUCUUCCGAGGAGGGUGAUCGUUCCUGUUAGUCACGAGCUGUAAUCCGGAAUGUGGAAAAGCAACAAAGAAGACGUAACACUUAUUCAACCGCUGUUGUUUUUGUUUGUUUUUUAACUUGGAAAUGCGACAGCGAAUGUUCUUUUAUUUUUACGAUUAUUCCCAAAGCACUUGAACGCAGCAGCAUUCCGGAGCGAUAGUAGCAACUGUGAGUGGAGCAAAGGGGAGGACGUGCGCGAGACGACCGAGGAUCUCCUGAUAUCGCGAGAAGAAGAAGAACCACUUCGUAGGAGACCUUCCAGAUGUAUUCUCCCCAUCCAAGAAGCUUGAACCCGUCCCGAUGGAUUAACCCUUCUUUUACCUAUUGUAACGUUUCGGCGUUGCGUUGCUAUCCGAGCGUUCCCGCGCUCGCCUCCAAACCCCCCAUCCACGCACAUCAACGACGCUCGCCCGGUUGGCCGCCGAACAUCCCAAACGCCGUGUCCCUUCCCCGGUUCCGCCCCUACGCCACUGGUCACCACGGGCCCUUCCGGGGGCCGUGUGGAGCGCCCCCCAGCUCGGGUCCUUGGUCCAGCGCCGGCUUUUCUGGAACUUCUUCCGUGACCUCUGCCGACUCUGUGAGAAUAUUUCAGAGGAUGGCCCUAACGGACAAGAACAUGUCGGUAGACAUGCAUACGAGUAGCGCUGGAAAGGGGGCGGGGCCACUUGGCGAACCGAUGGAUCAGCUGACAGACUCUUGCUUGACCAGGAUCCAAAGGGAUUGUCUGGACUCAGAAACAGGGAUGGUCUACUACCCUCAGCCAAAGACCUCGACCUCCACCUCUCUCGGACACAUAUUCCCGGGAGUUGAAAGUGUCAGUAGCUCCUCGGACCGGUCAUCCAACUACGAAAGGCCGACUGCCGAUGAACCCUCUAAGUCUUAUUCACCGCCUGCUUCGUCUGACUAUUCGAGAGAUGUCGAUGACCGGCUUAUGGCCCCCGGUGAAAGAGAGCGUCACAUGCAGUCCCUUCCAGACGCCGGUCAUUCCGAGUGUCCAUUCUCGGACAAGCCUCCGGCCCUUCCAGAGUCCGGUCAACACGAGCACACCUCUGAAUCAGAUUCGGACAUCCUUUUGCAUUUUGGACUCGCCGACGAGGACUUGGACCGUCUCGCCUCGUACCCCGAAGACGAGGUCACCCCCGCUAACCUGCCGUCCAUCUUGAGGCAAAUCCGCAGCGAGAAGACCAAGAGGUCUACGCCUGCGGCUCAGUUGCAACCUUCCCCCGAACCUCAACCCUCCGGCGGCGUGCCGGGGACGGCCGGUCACGGGGUGAGUUCUUCCGUCCUGACGCACCAGGCGGAGAUUUCACCCGCGGUUCCCGAGCCCGGCGAAGCGAUCGGCUGUGAACGGACGGACAAAUGCGCCGGGGGGGCCGGAGAGGAGACGGGAAGUGUUUUGCCGAUUGACACGAGCGCCGGACACCUCGGAGAACCGCCACCAGAAAGUACAACAGAAGUCGAAAUCGGCACCGUGGCUGUGUCGCGCGACCAGACAAGUUCUGAUCCAAGUCUUGGCAAGUCUUUGCACUCGGAGGCGAAAUUACAGAUACGACAAAAUCCCGGUUCCCAAGCCACCCUCGGCGCUUUCUCUCCGCCAAAGACGCACACGGAGAAGUCCGAAGCCUCCAAACCCGAUCCGUCGAAGGACCCAGAGGCAGAUCGCCGGUCAACCGCGAAAACCCAACCGCCCUCCUCCACUCGUCACCGCGGACCGGACCGCGGACCGGACCUGGCGGUCGUUGGCAGUGAUGGCACCAGUGGCAACGUGGAUCGGGGUGAAUCCAAAGACUCACCGGUUGUGGUUGAGCGUCAGCAGAACGAGGAGAAGCCGCCGGUCAGACCGGACGUGUCGCCUUCGGUCCUCUCGGCCACCGGAACAGUUUCUCGCCUUCUCGUCGUCACCGACGCCCUGCGACCGCAGCCGCUCGUCCCGGUUGCUCCUCCCCCCGUCGUCGCUCGGCCUCCGACGAUCCCAGAACCGACGGACCUCGUUCUUCCGCCGCCCUCCACCGAGCAGCCUCUGAAGAAGCCGUCGUGGGUUCCCACGGCGGCCAUCCGGUCUUCUAUCUCCGCUGCAGGUAAAUAUGCCGACCCCGCGACCUCUUCGCAGACUUCUCCGUAUCGUGGGAAAAGCUCACGAUCCCGUUCGCCCAUCCCCCGCCGGCACCAUCGAUCAGAGUCCAGAAGCUCCAGAUUACGUCCCAGGUCCCCGUCGGGUUCUCGCCAGACCUCCCCCCGCCGCAAUCGGUCGAGUUCCAGGAGCCCCGAGAGACGACGGAGCCAGAGGAGGAGGGAGGAGGGAAGUUCCUCGACCAGGAGGCGAGACGACCGGCAAUCGACUCCCGGGAGGAGACGAUCGCCUCGGAGGAAGAGCGACGAGAGACGAUCGCCUCGACGCCGGAGCCGCCAGAGACGCUCGGAUCGACGCAAAGAGUUGAGCAGCAAGAAGAGCUCCGCUGAGGAACUGCUGAAGAAAUCAGCUUUCCACUUGCUGUCAAACCAGUCGGACCUGGAGGCGUUGGUUUAUAAUUUGGCUCCUAUCGUACUUGCCAAGCUUACCAGGUCCUCAUCGUCAUCGUCCUUUUCCAAUGGAGGAAAUACCUCCUUGUCUUCUUCCUCAUCCUCUUCCCCUACAGCAAUGAAGAAGUUGAUUAAAAAGACUUUUAAAGCGAAUCCCGGCCUCCAGACGAGUGAGACGAAGACUCAGGCUGGUAAAUCUUCGCCACCGACCAUGGUGAAGCUAAAAGGGAUUCACGGUUCCUUCUCCCGCGUCAACGUGUUGGCGGCCGUGGAGCGCUUCGGGAAAAUCAAAUCCUUCCUUCUGUUUCCGUCCAAGCUGGAGGCGACGGUGUGUUUUGAGAAGGAGGAAGACGCGGAGAAAUUGAAGAGCCUGAAGAGCCUCGACGCAAACGGAAUUCAAAUCGGCGUGGUGGGAGGACAGGAGACCGUUCCCACGUUGCCGAAGCCGAAGCCCCGCAUGCGCAGCAUCAUCGUCAGGCCGCUGAACGCCUCCACGGCCACGAGGACCGGCCUCCUCCCGACCCCCGACACGCCCACGACUGAGGAGAAACAACCUGACCCUCGGGCGUUUCCAAAGCAGGCGCCGGAGGCCGAGGCGGUUGCCGAGGCGGUUACCGCGGCGACGCGGCGGACCGUCGGCGAAAUAAUCGAAAAACACCUUCGGCGAGACGGAAUAGAACUCUUCAAGGAGGAGAGCGUCUCCUGGGAACAGCCGUCUCAGACGUCGACGCUGCGGCCCGCCGGAGCGGCGGAGGCAGAGCGGCCCGAAAAAACGGAGAGCGGAGAGAGCGAAUCUCCGAAGAGGACGGUCCGCGCCCCGCGGGCGCUCUGGCGGAGCGCCUUCUCGGAACCGGAGGCGGUUGCCCCGGUUACCCAACUGACAGUCGGCGAGAAUAUCGAGAAACAACUGCGUCUGGAUCGAAUAAAUCUCUUCGAGGAGGAAAGCAUCUUCGUGGAGAGGCUCGGUCCGAUCUGAUUCGUCACUUGUCACGAGGUACGGCCUAUCAGCGCCUCGAGGAGGCGGCGAUGAAGAAAAGAGUAUUCACGUCGUGAGAUUUAAUUAAUUAUAUAAACUAUUGAGACUGAGUCUGUUUUUGAGAUGAGGCUCGAGGUUUACGAUGAGGACUUCACGGCCAGAAGAAAUAUUCAUACCUGCAAACUUGUCACCUUUCGGUGAAAUUCACCGUUUUGAACUCAAAAUAGGUCAUCCACGUGAAUCGUGGAGAUCCGAAGAGUUUUUGUUUUUGGGGGGGGGGGGGUCACCUGGCCCGCUGCCGUUGAGAUUGCAGUGAGACGCGGAGAAAAGUGUGAAGUGUUGCUCUUCGCAAUAAAACAUCUUUGAUGGGCGUGUCGCGUCUCGGCCAAUCAGCGUUCAGAUGUCCACAGCGUUUGGGGGUUCAGGUUAGCUUGAAUGUUAGCCCGCUACAUCUGCUGCUGUCACGCUGCACGGUGUAGCGAUGCUAACAAAGUACCCGUCCGUUAAACACGAUGUGAUUUAGCAUAUUUUUAGUGUCGAUACUUCAUUAAGAGAGCGAUCAGAGCGCACGCGCUGCUCCGUGUCGAGCUGUCUGCGCACACUGCGCUGCGCAGCUCACAGCGAGAGAAGAGGCGGAGCUUUAGAGACUUCGGCUUAAAGAAUAAAAAGAUGCCAGAAGUGAAAUGUUUGUCUGUAAAGUUGUGUAACUCUCCAGCUGCUCAUCCUGAUGAACUGUGGAUCAUCUGGUCAGAGACUAACGGCCUCAUAGUGUAUAAUCAAUGCUAUGAUGGAACCAUGUAGUUUCAUUCAUAUCUGGCUGUAUUAAUACUCAUAUUACUGUCAUUUGUUAAGUGUUGAAAAAGUUGGUAAAAAGUGAACCAUACAGAUGUUUUAUUUAUUACUAUUAUAGAUAAAUAUACCAGUCUCGUAUUUAUGGUACCAUAUUGUUUUUAUGGUAUUGUAUUGAAUUCUGGUAUCGGGUAUCAUGAUAUUUAUGGCAGGUAUGUAAUAUGUAUAGAAGUUAUAAUAUGAGUAUCGUGACAAACAGGUAGAGACAGAACAGAUUCAGGGAGAAGUCCAUGAGGACUGUUCAGGCAACAAAAAGGAAGUUGGUUCAUGAAUGACUUUAACCAUAUUAUAUAUAAUGACAAUGUAUAUUUGUUAUUACUAUCAUUAUAGGGCUGAGUCAGAGCGGAGAACCUUUUGUUCUUAAACUGUUUAUUAUCAUUAUUUAGAUUUGUGGUCAGAACAAUAAAAUGACUGUAGUUGUGGUUCUAAAAGCUUUGAGGCUUCAAACAACGUGGAUGUGGUGACAAAAAAAAAGUCACCUGCACCCCCGUUGUCACCUUUUUCACCCCUCAUGAGUUUGCAGGUAUGAAUAUUGUUCUGAGUUUUUGGGGAUAUUUUUCUUUUGGAGCAUUUUUUUAUUCAGAAAACAUAAAUGAAUGUGUUUGUUUUUACUGAUUUUUUUUUUCUGUCUUAACAUUCUUUAAUUGUUUUACCGUAUUCAUGUUUGGCGUCUUCAAAAAUGUUUCAUUUGACAAAAAAAAUCUUUAUUUCUUUAUAACCUUUUUGUUUUUACAGAUUUUUUAAUUUAGUUUCACUAAAAAAAAAGAACGCCACAAAACAUUAAAUGAUAGAAAGAGGGGGAAACAAUUAAUAAUAAUAAUAAAUAAAUAAACACCUUUUAAAGUUUUCUUUUUAAAAAUAAUUUUGGUGUUUUUUUUAAACUUUCAUGCAAAAUAUUGUUCCGAGUGUUUCGGGAUAUUUUUCUUCUGGAACACGUUUUUUAGUCAAAACAUAAAUGAAUAUGUUUGUUUUUACAGAUUUGUUUUUUUAUCUUAACAUUAUUUAAUUGUUUUACCGUAUUCACGUGUAGCGUCUUCAAAAAUGUUUCAUUUGACAACAAAUAUCUUUAGUUUUAUUUAUUUAUAACCUUUUUAUUUACAGAUUUUUUGUUUUAGUUUCACUGAAAAAGAAAAAAAGACAAAACAUUGAAAAUGACAAAAAGAGGGGGAAACAAUUAAUAAUUUAACAUUAAAAACACCAAAGAAAAUAUUUAUAUACAUUAUAUAUACAUAUAAUGAAUAUACAUAUUUAAAUGUAUGACAAAACAUUUUUCAAAUAUUUUUUUAAGCAGAUUGAUAUAUAUAUAUAUACAUAAUUUUUUUUUAUUUAAUAAUUUUGAUGUAUAUAUAUAUAUUUCCACGCUUUAAAAUUUUUUUUAACUUUUUUUACCAUUUUUAUAAAUAUUUCUUUAAAAAAAAUGUUACAUGACAAAAAUGUAUAUAUAUAUAUAUUAACUAGUAAUUCUAAUUUAUUUAUGUACGGGAACUUUCUUGCUCCUUUGAAUUAUGUUUUUUAAAUUUAAUUUAAUUUCACACCAAAUAUUGUCAAGAUUCACAUUUUAAAAUUACUCAUGGAUGUCAAUAUUUUUCAUCUCUUAACAAAGUGACUUUUAAUAUCCUAAUACAAUCAGAACUCAUCAAUGAAUAAAACUGUGUACAGUAUAAUUUGAUUUUACAAUCAUAUUAAAUGUUUAGAUGUAAGAAAA